AUGGCAAGAGACGUUAAAGGAAAAGUUGUGUUAGUAACCGGCUCUGCCGAUGGUCUGGGGCUCGCUAUGGUAGAUCACUUUCUGAAAAAUGGAGCGGAACGAGCAAUCAUGUUAGAUUUUAACGAAAAGAAGGGACUUCAGUCAUUAGAAAAUAUAAAAGCUAAGUAUGGCAAAGACCGCGCCGUCUUCUUUCCGUGUAACGUCGUUAUGGAUUUGGACAAAAUUUACGCGGAAGUUACAAAAAUCGUCACCGUUGAUAUCGUUAUUAACAACGCUGGAGUUCUCGACGAGAAAAGCAUCAGAAAUACGAUAAAUGUCAAUGCUCUCGCUGUGAUGGAAUGGACAAUGAAAUUCUUCGAAUACAUGAGGAAGGAUAAAGGCGGUAACGGCGGACACGAAUACACUUAUAACAGGACCGGAGUAAGAGUUGUCGCCUUUUGUCCUGGAUUAACUAGAACGCAUAUGACGAACAACCCAAACGUGAGGGAAGAAGAUACAUUCAAUGACUUUUGCGUAGAAUUGAAAGCUGAAGAGUGGCAGGAUGUUGACGAUAUUGGCAAAGGAAUGGUAGAGACAUUCCAGAAAGCAGAUAGCGGUACAGUGUGGCUUGUUGAAGGAGGACGAGCAGCUGAGAAAAUAAAUGUUUAA